AUUUGAAACAAAAUUAUUAAAUUUCAACAGUAAAUCAUGCAUAUUAUCAAAAUAAUUUUAGAUAAGCUUCUCUUAAUCGGCAGACAUAAUAGAAGAAGAAACCAAAUUAAGGGUUUUCGUAACGCGAAUCACACUAAGUCUCGUCUCUUGAAACCCCCCAGUGUCGCUCCAUAUCUGGUAUCGUCGUCUCUUAGAAUCAGCGAUUGAUACUGCGUUUAGGAUUAGACUUGGGUCCUUUUUUGCACUGAUUGCUUUCGUCGGCAUUGUUUAGUGUCAAUCGAUUUGGUUCUGGUUUAUGCUUUGUGUAGUAGGCCAAUGCAAUAUGAAGGAGAUGAUUGAUAAAACACAGUUGGCGGAGGAGAAACAAGAGUUCCCGGGGUUCCCGUACGAGCCCUACUCGAUCCAAAUCGAUUUCAUGAACGCUCUCUAUCGUUUUCUCGACAAGGGAGGCGUCUCCAUGCUCGAAAGCCCCACUGGGACUGGAAAAUCUCUAAGCAUUAUCUGCAGUGCUCUACAGUGGCUGCUCGACCGUAAUGAGAAAUUAAAUAACAACUCAGGAUCAUCCGAUAAGGUUGUUGUUGUUGGUGAAGAAGUAGAUGAAUCCGAGCCCGAUUGGAUUCGAAAUUUCACUGUCAAUAGCCAUAAUGAUGCCAAGACCAAUAGUAAAUCUCCGUUUAGGGUCAAGAAACACGCCAAGGAGAAGAGAGAUUUUGAUGCGAGAAAGGAAGAAGAGGUUUCCAUAAGGAAGCAAGAGGCUGGUGAUGAGGCGAACGAGCAAGAGUUUUGUUUGGAAGAAUACGAAAGCGAAGAGGAUUCAUCUUCAAAGAGAAAACCUGUGGGAGGAGGUUUCUACACCUCUUCAGAGGAUGAGGAAGAUGGCUCGGACGAAGAAGAAGAAGGAGGAGGAGGAGGACUCAAGGUUUUCUAUUGCAGCCGGACUCAUUCUCAGCUUUCUCAGUUUGUGAAGGAGCUGAGGAAGACUGUAUUCGCCCAAAGAGUCAGAGUUGUAUGUCUAGGCUCCCGAAAGAACAUGUGCAUCAAUGAAGAUGUUCUUAAGCUUGGGAACGUGGGCAGAAUCAACGAGAGGUGCUUGGAUUUGCAAAAGAAGAAGACAUCUCUAGCCUCUAAAAAGAAGAAGAAUUUAGGUACAAACGUUAAGGGAGGACGAACCAAAUCAUCAUCUUGCAGAUGCCCGAUGCUUAGGAAACAGUCACUACAGAGAGAGUUCAAGGCUGAGAUUCUCCAGCAAGAAGCCAUGGACAUUGAGGAUCUUGUCCAGCUUGGACGAGAGAUGAGGACGUGUCCAUACUAUGGCUCUAGAAGAGUGGCCCCUGCAGCUGAACUUAUUAUUCUUCCGUACCAGUCUCUCCUGUCAAAGUCUUCGCGAGAAUCUCUUGGUCUGAACUUGAAAAACAGUGUCGUCAUAAUAGACGAGGCUCACAAUUUGGCUGACACUCUUCUCAGUAUGCAUGAUGCAAAAAUAACAAUAUCACAGUUGGAAGAUGUACACAGCAGCAUAGAGAGUUAUCUUGGAAGAUUCCAGAACCUCUUGGGAGCUGGGAACCGUAGAUACAUCCAAACUCUGUUGAUUCUCAUCCGAGCUCUCCUCAAACCUCUUGCCACCACCAGUGACGGGAAUCUCAACAGUGGAAAUAGUGGGCUUGAUUCAGGAAACCCUUCUAAAAGCAAGCCUUGUGGUGGUUGCUCGAUGGCGAUAAAUGACUUUUUAUUCUCUCUGAAUAUAGACAAUAUAAACUUGGUCAAGUUACUCGCCUAUAUAAAGCAAAGCAAUAUCAUUCAUAAGGUGAGUGGAUAUGGAGAGAGAGUUGCUAUGUUGCAGAAAGACCCAACGGCACGUGAGGAAAUGAGCAAGCUAUCAAGUUUUAGAGCUUUUUCUGAUAUGUUGGUGGCACUCACUCAUAACAAUGGUGAUGGGCGGAUCAUAGUCUCAAAGAUGAAUUCGUCCACCUCUGGCCAAAAAGGAGGGUACAUUAAAUACGUCAUGCUCACUGGAGCGAAGUUAUUCUCGGAGGUGGUGGAUGAAGCUCACGCUGUUGUAUUGGCCGGUGGGACUCUUCAACCUAUAGAAGAGACAAGGGAACGACUCUUUCCGUGGCUACCUUCAAAUCAGCUGCAGUUCUUCUCUUGUAGUCACAUUGUUCCCUCUGAGAGUAUAAUGCCAAUCGCAGUUUCACAUGGUCCGUCUGGUCUGUCUUUUGACUUUAGCCACAGUUCAAGAAGCUCAACAGAAAUGAUACAGGAGUUGGGACUAUUGAUGAGUAACCUGGUGGCAUUGGUUCCCGAAGGAGUUAUCGUCUUCUUCUCCUCCUUUGAGUAUGAAACACAGGUGCACACAGCGUGGACCAACUCGGGGAUACUCAGAAGAAUAAUGAAGAAGAAGCGUGUGUUUAGAGAACCCAGAAGAAACACUGAAGUCGAAGCUGUUCUCAGAGAUUACAAGGAAGCGAUAGAGAGCCAAAGAGGGGCAAUAAUGCUAGCUGUGGUUGGUGGGAAGGUGUCAGAAGGAAUCAACUUCAGCGAUGGCAUGUGUCGGUGUGUUGUGAUGGUUGGUCUGCCUUAUCCCAGCCCAUCUGACAUUGAGCUGUUAGAGAGAAUAAAGCAUAUAGAAGGUCUUGGAGAUACGGAAUCGUCGAAACCUUGUCUGACUUUGGUUGACGACUCAUACUACAGUGGAGAUGUUCGAGAAGGGUUUGGGGUAUUAAGGAGCUGCAGAAGGAGAGGGAAAGAGUACUAUGAGAAUCUGUGUAUGAAAGCAGUUAACCAAUCAAUCGGUAGGGCAAUAAGGCACGCAAAGGACUAUUCAGCCAUUUUACUGGUAGAUGCUCGAUACGCGAAUGAUCCUGCCAAAAGAACAUCUCAUCCAUCCAGCAAGCUCCCAAAGUGGAUCAAAGAUCAUCUUAUUUAUUCCACCAAAGGCUAUGGAGACGUUCACAGACUGUUGCACCAAUUCUUUAAACAUAAAAAUGUCCAAAAAUCAUCCUGAAAAAUAACAUUGAAGCAUCUAUGAGCGAACAUGUUGGAGGAGAUCUCAUGUUGGGUUCCAGUGGCAAACAAGAAGAAAGAGUUUUAACACGCACAACAGGAGUAGGGUUCGUGAAGACAUAUGUUCUCGGUUUUGAAAAGUGAUCAACAUCAAGCAGCAGAGAGAAGAGUUUGGUGAGGCAGUCUCAUUGUUUAAAAAUAAAACUGGUCUCUGGUAUAUUGUCAAGUGAUGCUUACAAAACAGAUUUAAAAAGAAAAACACGAUCCCCCUCUAGUA